UACCGCAUCUACUCCGAAGUCUUUGCCAAAUGGCCCAAGCAGGACCUCCGUCCGGACUACCAGCUGCAGGACGUUCUCCGGACCACGGUAGAGGACCGCUUCAAGACGUACAAGCCGUCCAUGGAGGCAGAGGAACUGUUCAAGGCCAAGUCUCUACAGACGUUGCAGCAGAACCGCUUCAUGGAAAAGUACAAACUCGGUCCUAUGCUCGAACCGAAGAGUCAGCCUACAUACUUCGCCGACCUGGUGCGUGAGAUUGACGAGGCCCCCAAGCGCUCAUGGUUCGAACGACUGGGCAAGCGUCUGUCUGGUAUGAUUCGACUGGAAUAG